CUCCUCCCCAGGCUGCGGCCGGUGAGGGCGGAGCGGACGCGGCGCUGCCGCCGCGCACAGCAGCCGAGCCCGGAGCCGAGCGGCGGCGGCAGGCGGCCCGGAAAGCGGCGGUCAGGUGUGAGCCGGGCGGCCCGGGCUCGAGGGGAGCUGCGCCCCGAGAUGUAACGGGGCGCACAAAGCUGCCGUCCUCGAAGACCACCCGAGUCCCUUAUAGGGAGUUGAGGAAAACCUUCAGUAGGCCUGCUGACACUGAUGAGAGAUCUUUUAUGCCAAGGCCAUCGCUGUCGGAACAGACCACACCAUGCGUGAGUACAAGCUGGUGGUCCUUGGUUCAGGAGGUGUGGGGAAGUCUGCUUUGACUGUACAGUUUGUUCAGGGAAUUUUUGUGGAAAAAUAUGACCCAACAAUAGAAGAUUCUUACAGAAAGCAAGUGGAAGUAGACUGUCAGCAGUGUAUGCUUGAAAUCCUCGACACAGCAGGGACAGAGCAAUUCACAGCAAUGAGGGAUCUCUACAUGAAGAAUGGCCAAGGGUUUGCACUAGUAUACUCCAUCACAGCACAGUCCACCUUCAACGACCUCCAGGACCUGCGGGAGCAGAUCCUGCGAGUUAAGGACACCGAGGAUGUUCCAAUGAUCCUGGUGGGCAACAAAUGUGACCUGGAGGAGGAGCGCGUCGUGGGCAAAGAGCAGGGUCAGAACCUGGCCAGGCAGUGGUGUAACUGUGCCUUCCUAGAAUCCUCUGCAAAGUCUAAAAUCAACGUUAAUGAGAUCUUUUAUGACCUGGUCAGACAGAUAAAUAGGAAAACACCAGUGGAAAAGAAGAAGCCUAAAAAGAAAUCAUGUCUGCUGCUUUAGACUCCCACUGUGCAGCAGCUCUGAGCCAGAUCACAGGAAUGAAGAACUGUUGCCUCAAUGGAAAGUGCCAGCAUCCCCUCCCCCCUCCCACCCCCAACCCCCCCCC